AUGGCACCUAUUUUAUUAUCAUUAGCUCAUUUUUGUGAUAAACACGGACCUAAAGUGAUAUUAGUGACUCAAACAGGUGACAUGGAUGAUCCCACAGGGGAUAAGUUAUUAGUUCCAAAUUAUCCAACUGAUUCCUACUGCGAAUCAUGUCUAUUACAUUUUCCUAAUGAGGAUACAGAUGGUGUACGAUCCAUGAGAAGUUUUAUAAAUGAUAUACCAUAUGUUACAACUCAAUAUUCUACAAUACGGUAUCAAUUAUUAAGUUAUAUUAUCAAAAAAGCCUUUUCGGAAGAAAGUAUGAUAUAUGAUGGAAGUCCUUUGGUAUUCUUUGAUGAUACAAGAGGCCUGAAUUUGGUUAUAGGAUUUAAAUUAUACGAUGAAAACGCACGAGGUAAUGAAAGACGUUAUUCGUUCAUUUUCACAGUAGAUUCUAAGAAUCAAGAUACUGCCACUAAAAUUUUAGCUGAUCAUUGGGUUUUUAUCACAAGUAGUUUCAAUAAAAUGAUAGAUUACAUUAAAUUGAAGCAUAAACAAAAAUUAGAUCAAACAAAGAAAGAUUCUAAGGGAAAUCCAUUUAUAAGUAGUAACUAUUUGAAAGUGAAUAAACAAAAGACAGCAACAAAUUUACUUGAAUUAACCAAUGAUCCUAUGUUAUUUGUUCGGAUACAUAAAUGGAAUUCUUUUGUUAUUGAUUCAUUGGUAGCUGUCUCUCCGCAGUAA